UUGAAGAUCACUUUAAAGCCUAAUAUGAUAUUAUCUUAUACCAAUUCAUAAAAUUUUGGAUGAAUUGAGCAAACCAACAACUUUUGGGUCAUAUUUGACACCCUUAUUAAGGACCAUAUUUUAUAUUCAGUCACUAAAUUAAGAUAACCUUUUUCUUGUAGUCUUAUAAAGAUGAUAACAUUGGAUUUUUUUAAAUGAUUGUUACUCUUUUCGUAAGCACAUAUAUCUAAAUCCACCAAAAUUCGAGAAAAAAAAAAUAUUCCAAGAAUUAAAUUAGUUCAAUUCGAUUAGAUUUUUCAAUAUUUAUGCCCAUUCCUAUCCCUUAUUUUUGUGUGUUGACUACGUAAGGAAUCACAAGUCCCUAAAAAAAUUUCAACGUGGAGGGAUUGUUUUUGAGGGUGUGAUAUUAUAAUAGUUGACUUGCUAAUUAUUCUCUCUUUCAUUUAUGAAAAAUAAUAUGACAUUGAUUCUUGCCCUUUGGUUCAUGCAACUCUGCAAAGGUGGACCUAGGGCAGGUUCAACUAAAUUCAUGGCUUUUGCUCGAACUGUAUAUUUACGAUUGGUAUAAUACAUAAACGUGUCCUUUAAUUUAGCUUCAGCUAACAUUAAUGCCCUCCAAGUUUCGGUAUGCGUUGUGCAUAAGUAAACACUUAAACUCGAAUAAAAUUAAACAAGUAAACACAUGUAUCCUAUGUGGCAUAACACACAUAGACCACCACGUAGGACACAAAUUGACAUGUAGAAUGCUAUGUAGGACGGAUAUGCCUACUUGUUCAACUUUAUACAAGUUCAAUGACUUACUUGUGCACAUCCGAAAUUGGACUACAUAGAUCUCAGCUGAGGCUGAGUAAAUAAUAAGAUCAUACUUAUUCUGGACGUCCUGCUGAAUCAGAUAUGAGUCAUUAGUUGACUUGAGCAGAAAGAGGAAAAUUGAAUACUUUGUUGUUCUUAUUUGCAUAUUUUUGGUAUCUCAAUGGAUGGAUUGGCUGAAACAGGAUCUUCUUCUUCUUUGUGGCCAUGCACUUAUGAUGUUUUCUUAAGUUUUAGAGGAGAGGAUGUACGGAAGAACUUCGUCGAUCAUCUAUAUACAGCUUUGCAGCAAAGAGGAAUUCACACUUUCAAAGAUGAUGAAAAACUUGAAAGAGGGAAAUCUAUUUCACCUUCACUUUUCAAAGCUAUCGAAGAAUCGAUGAUUUCCAUCAUCAUAUUCUCUCAAAACUAUGCUGCUUCUUCAUGGUGUCUAGAUGAGCUUGUUAAGAUCACUCAAUGCAUGAAACUCAGGGGACAGAUUGUUCUUCCUGUCUUCUAUGACGUGGAUCCAUCUGUCGUAAGAAAACAAAAGGCAAACGUUGGUGAGUUCUUCGCUAGGCAUGAGUUAGAUUUCAAAGAUGAUGAAGAAAGGGUGAAGAGAUGGCGUACUGCUAUGACAGAAGCAGCAAAUGUAUCUGGUUGGGAUUUGCCAAAUAUUGCUAACGGGCACGAAUCAAAGUGUAUCGAGCAAGUUGUAGAAUGUGUCAUGGAGAUAUUAGGUCAUACUGCUUCUGAUGCUACUGAAAAUCUUGUUGGAAUACGCUCAAGAAUGGGGACAGUGUAUUCCUUGUUGAAUCUGGAGUCUGGUAAAGUUCAAUUCGUUGGAAUAUGGGGAAUGAGCGGAAUAGGGAAAACAACUAUAGCAAGAGCCAUCUACGACAAGAUUUUCCGUUACUUUCAAGGUGCUACUUUCCUUCAUGAAGUUGGAGAAACUUCAGCCAAACAUGGUAUCCAACAUUUGCAGCAGAUACUUCUUUCUGAGCUACUUCUGUUAAAAGAUCUAAGAAUAAACAAUGUAUUUGAAGGAACCAGCUUGGUAAGAAGACGACUAAAUGGGAAACGAGUCCUAAUUGUUCUUGAUGAUGUCAAUCAUGGAAACCAGUUAGAUGCCCUAGCUAAAAGCCAUGACUGGUUUGGUGCAGGCAGUAUAAUCAUCAUAACAACAAAGGAUAAGCAGUUGCUUCGUCAAUAUAACGUGGACAAAAUGUAUAAAGUGAGUCUGUUAAACACUGAUGAAAGUAUUGAACUCCUUAGUUCGUAUGCAUUCCAGAAUCGCCUUCCUAAAAGUGGAUAUGGAGAGAUCAUAGCUGAAGUUGUUCGGUAUGCUGGUGGUCUUCCAUUAGCUCUUAAAGUUUUGGGUUGCUCUCUGUAUGGCGGAGGCAUGAUUGAAUGGAGAGAAACAGUGGAGAGACUAAAACGAAUUCCAGAAGGCGAAAUUGUAGAAAAACUCAAAGUAAGUUUCAAUAGACUAAGUGAGACCGACCAAAAGAUCUUCUUAGAUAUUGCAUGUUUCUUUAAAGGGAAGAAGAAAGGUUCUGUCAUUAGAAUUCUUCGUAGUUUCAGUUUUACUCCUGUCCUUGGCAUAAGAAAUCUCAUCGAAAAAUCUCUUGUAACUGUUUCAAAAGGUAGGAUUGUGAUGCAUCAGUUGAUCCAAGAGAUGGGUUGGCAUAUUGUUCGCAAAGAAGCUUCAAACAAUCUUGGCAAGUAUACUAGGCUCUGGUCUCCCGAUGAUAUUCUUCAUGUACUAUCUGAAAAUAAGGCCACAGAAGCUGUGGAAGGCAUAUGGUUGCACUUACCUAUUCCGAAAGACAUAAAUGUUGGUGCAGAAGCCUUCAAACAAACGUACAACCUGAGGCUGCUCAAGAUACACAAUGCAAGUGUCUCUGUAGCUCCAGAUGAUCUUCCUAAUAAAUUGAUAUGGCUUCAUUGGCAUGGCUACCCAAUGAAGUCACUUCCAGCAAGUUUUCAAGCAGAAAGGCUUGUUUGUCUGAAAAUGCAGUAUAGCCGCGUUGUACACUUGUGGAAGGGAGUAAAAUUACUACACAAACUGAAGUUUCUCAACCUUAGUCACUCUCAAAAGCUAGUCAGCUGUCCAGAUUUCACGGGGGUGCCCAAUCUCGAGAAGUUGGUUCUUGAAGAUUGUUCGAGUAUAAUUGAGAUCCAUCCUUCCGUGGGAUAUCUCAAAAAUCUUGUUCUACUAAACCUGAAGAACUGCAAGAAUCUUAAGAGCCUUCCAAACAUUAUUCGAUUGGAUAAUCUUGAGACUUUAAUUCUUUCUGGCUGCUUGAAACUCGAAAAUUUCCCAGAAAUCAUGAGUGACAUGAAUUGCUUAUCUGAGGUCUACUUGGAAGCUACAGAUGUAAAAGAGUUGCCUUCUUCAAUUGAACACCUCACUGGCCUUCGAUUGAUGAAUCUAGGCUACUGCAGGAAUCUUACAAAUUUACCAACAACCAUAGGCAGAUUAAAAUCUCUUAGGAUUCUUAUUCUCUCUGGAUGUUCAAAGCUAGAAAAGUUGCCAGAGGAACUGGGACAUAUAGAAAUCUUAGAGGAACUCUAUUGCGACGAAACUGCCAUUCAAAGCCCACCUUCAUCCAUUACACUAUUGAAGAACCUUAAGACCUUAUCUUUUCAUGGAUGUAAAGGCAUGGUAUCUCAGUCAUGGAGUUCACUUUUCUAUGCAUGGCUUCAGCCAAGAAAACAUAAUCACAAGCCAACAAGUCUGAUGUUUUCUUCCUUUUCUGGUUUAUUUUCUUUGAGGAAAUUGGAUCUUAGUGACUGUUGUAUGUUGGAUGAAGGAAUUCCUAGUGAUCUUGGAUGUUUGUCUUCUUUGGUUGAGCUAAAUCUUAGUGGGAAUAAUUUUGUGGAUAUCUCUCAAGCAAGUCUCAACAUGCUUCCGCGGCUCAGAAUCCUUGAGCUAGUGGGUUGUGAGAGGCUUGAAAGGUUGCCAGAACUUCCAACAACAAUUGAGGAAGUUUUUGCAGAUAAUUGUACAUCCCUGAUGACCGAUGACAUGGGAAUAUUGACCAACUACAAGAUGUUACAGCGAAUAUCGUUCACUAAUUGUGUUGGACUACUGCAGAAUCAGCAGACGCGUGACAUGGCUACCUCAUUGUGGCUUCACCUAUUCAAGAAGUGCAUUGUUAAAAGUGGUCACUUUAGCAUUUACCUACCUGGAGAACAAGUUCCAGAAUGGUUUGGCUACAAACUCAAUGGAACUUCAGUUUCACUGCAGCUGCCAAACGAUUGGUACAAUGAUAAAUUCAUGGGAUUUGCCAUCUGUGUGGUGUCUGACCAAGAAACAACAUGGUUAUCAGUUCAUGAAGGUUACCUACAGGAAAUGCCAGGCAUUUCGAUUGAGUUUACAAUCAAAAGCCACCUACGGAGGAGCACGAGUUGCCUAAUGAACAUUGGUUUUGUAGGGACAAACAAGAAUGUUGCUUCAGAUCACACAUGCCUUGCCUAUGUGGCAUUUGAAGAAUACUGGUCAAUGUACAAAAACCACUUAGACACCCCAAACAAUUGGUAUCAAAUCGAUUUUUCUGCAAACUCAUUGAGGAAACAUAUAUUCCUAAAAAGUUGGGGAAUUCGUCUAGUGUACACUGAUGACUUACAGAGUUUCACAUCUUGAGCGAUUUCCAGAUGAGGUGUGUUCUCUCUGCUUUAUAUGCAUGCCUGGCUUUUGUAAGUAUUUUGAAAAUAAUAAAGCAAAUGUUAUACUAAAACAUCUCAACCCCAUAUAUUAACAAAGUGCAAACGUUGAUCAAAGAGAUACGAACAUAAUCAGCAACUUGAACCAGAAAAAAGGACUGCAUUACCACACAUUAUUAAUCAACAUAACAAUGAUGGAAAAACACACAAUCUCGAUAUCUCUUUGAUAAGGUACACACAAUCUUGGUAUAUAUGCGAAAGAAAAGAAA